GAGGGUCUCAACACGAUCGAAGAGGAUGCUGGGCAUUGAGAAUCAUCGCUGUAGCAGCGAGAUUGUCGAUGGUCUCACCACCACCAAAGAUGACGACGGACUACUGAUAUCGUCGCCGUGGAUGUUUCAGGUAUAUGGUUUACUCGUUUAAUUGUCUAAUCAGGUUUUUUAUGUAUUUAGGAGGUCUCCGUCAUCGCCGAAGAGGAUCACUGGACAACGAAGUUCGCCGUCGGAGCCACCAGUCUCGUCGCCCAAAAUUGUCAAAAGGGCCACGUCACCAUCGAAGAGGAUGCUGGCAUCGAGAAACGUCGCUGGAGCAACAGGAUCGUUGCAAUGGAUGCUUUAGAUUGGUCCAUAUCACCACCGAAGAGGGAAACUGGACAACGAGGUUCGCUGUCGGAGCUACCAUGGUUGUCGCCCAAAAUUGUCAAGAGGGCUCCACCACCAUCGAAGAGGAUGCUGGACAAGGUGGUUCACCGUCGGAACCACCAGGAUUGUCGCCCAAUAUAGUCAAGAGGACGCUAUCAUCGCCUAAGAGGAUCACUGGACAACGAGGUUCGCCGUCGGAGCUAUCUGGAUCAUCGCCCAAUAUUAUGAAGUAUUUAAUUGAAAGCUUUUAG